AUGAUGUCAGGACAUUACACCUCCAUUGAAAACCAAAACGUUUCAGGAUCUGUACCUGCUGUUCCAGAUCCACCACCCUUCAAAUUCUCAGAUUCAAAUCUUCAGACAUUUCCUCCCUCCGGAGCACAAGGCAAGAUUGGUGGCAGUGUUGGCUCAAGGCCUCCACGUGAAGCUGAUGAUACAUUUUCAAAAGUAGUAUCUGGUUCUGAUGAAUCCCAGCAGAGAGGCUGGUUUCAGGCUUUCUCACUCUCUACUUACAAACCAUACUUUGAUAUCAACACUGAAGAUGUUAUAGACCGGAUUAAAGAUUCACUCUAUCCAUUGAAUGGAACUUUUAAUGAAAAAACUGCUUCCAGUCCUGAUUUGUAUGGACCAUUCUGGAUUUGCACUACCUUAAUAUUCGUAGCGGCAUCUAUUGGCACAUUUGUGACAUACAUAGCUCACGAAGUGAAGCAUCAGGAAUGGAACUAUGACAUAAAUGUGGUGACUUGGUCUGCUGGCUUGUUUUAUGGUUAUGUCACCGUUGUUCCUAUUGGUUUAUAUCUAAUCCUCAAAUACUUCUCUGUACCGUCGGGUCUUGUCCAACUACUUUGUCUCUAUGGAUAUUCCCUGUUUGUCUUUAUUCCAGCACUGUGCUUGUCUGUUGUGCCAUUGGAGAUAUUUAGAUGGUUGAUAGCUGGGGUGGCUGGGUUCAUGUCGGCAACUUUUGUGGCACUUAACCUCCGGGCACAUAUUUUGUCAGCAGGAGAACGAUGGGUUUUGAUUGUUGCUGGCAUUUUUAUAUUGCAGUUGGCUUUAUCUGUUGCACUAAAGGUCUACCUUUUCAAAAUAACAGUAUGA